AUGACUAAUAUAUAUGCUAACGAUGCAUCCCAAUUCUCUCCUCCCACGCCUCCGUGGGGAUGGUGCGUUCCUCUGACAGUGAUCCUUUGGGUCCCGCACGUCCACGCGGUGUGGGCCUGCGCGCGGUCCUGCCCUGCCAACUGCGUGUGCACCCAGGAGCGGAGCUGCUCCAUCCUCUGUGAUCGUGCCGGUCUGGGGCAGAUCCCUAGCGAGUUCCCUUGCGAAGCCUCCUCGAUCAACCUGGACAAAAACAGCAUCAAGUUCCUCUCCGAGAGGGCCUUCGGGACCUUGCCUUCCCUCAAAUCCCUGUCGCUUAACCACAACAAUAUCUCCUUCAUCACCCCGGGGGCUUUCAAGGGGCUGCCCAGCUUGACCGAGUUGAAGAUGGCUCACAACGAGUACAUUCGCUAUCUCCACACGCGGACUUUCAGUGCCCUCAGACGGCUGGUCAAGCUGGACCUGGCGGACUGCAACCUUUUCAACAUCCCGGACAGGAUCUUCAUCGAGCUGCCUGCUCUGCAGGAGCUCUUCUGCUUCCAGAACAACUUCCGGAGGAUCCCAGGUGCCAUCAGGGGCAUGGAGAACCUGACCCAUGUUUACCUGGAGAGAAACAGGAUUGAAGCAGUAGCCUAUAACUCCCUGCAGGGCCUGACCAAGCUGAAAUACCUGAAUCUGCAGGACAACAGGAUAAAUGUCAUUCAUGAGCGAGCUUUUCAGGGCUGCCAGAAGAUGGAAUACCUGUACCUGAACGACAAUUUGAUCAGCGAGCUUCCAGAAAACUCCUUCGAUGGUCUGAGGUGCCUGAAAAUGCUCAACCUGGGGGGGAAUUUCCUCAGGAAUGUUUCCAACACCUGGUUCAGGGACCUGGGGGAGCUGGAGGUCCUCUACCUGGACCGCAACAGGAUCAACUACAUUGAAGAAGGGGCUUUUGAAAACCUCACCAGCCUGGUUGCGUUGCACCUGAACAGCAACAACCUGACGACUCUGCCCUUUUCUGUCUUCCAGCCGGUGUACUUCCUGGGGCGGCUGUACCUCUUCCGCAACCCCUGGGACUGCGACUGCCGCAUCGAGUGGCUGAAGGAGUGGAUGGAGAAUUACAAGCUCGUCAGGGAUAUUCCCUGUGCCUCCCCCUCCUCAGUAGCCGGGAUUGACCUGAUGGACGUGCUCUAUGAGAGAUCACCGGAAGGUUACUGUCUUGACCCAGUGGAGCUAAAUGUCACGUCCGAAGGCCCGACCCCAAGUGAAGAGCCUUGGUCUACCACGGAGAGCAAGUUCAACAGCCUUAUCUCUAAACUCUUGCUCCAGAUGGGCCUUCCUGAAGAGGUGGCAAACACCACUGAAGUCUUUGGUAACACCACACAGCUGGAUGGACUGACUGAUGGGGUUUCUUCUGGGGUGGGGGAAGACAGUAUUGAAACUGCCUCCUCUUUUUACCUCCCAGCUCUUUUUACAGUGGUUGUUUUGCAGAUCAAGUAG